AUGUAUUUCGGAUUGCUUUUUGUCAUUGUCGGCAACGCGGUUAGUUCCGGAAGAAAGACAAUUUUCCGUGAGUCUCAAUUUUUUUCCCUGCGUGUGUAUCCAAAAGUGUGCUCAUCCACUACAACAAGUGAUAUUCAAGAGGUGCUUAAAAAGUAUUGAAUGAGAAGCUAAUAAUUGUUUUGCAGGGCACUAAUGUUUUCUAUAAAUAUCAGUAUUCCUAAAUCCCAUGGGACACGCCAGUCGCUUCCCAUGGCGGGGUCUCUACUCUAAUCUUCCUCUCUGCCUUCCUUACUCAUUUUGAAUCCUUCUUCUUUUCGCAAACUCCUCUCUCUCCUGUGCACUUUCAAUAUUUACUUUCCAAUUGCUCACUGCUCUCACGCUGAUUUCUGUCGUCACUAAAUCGACUUGUUUUCUGGCAACCUAAAGUUUAAAUCAAAAGCCUGACUUAUAGUAUUGUCUAUUCCUCCCUGCUUCCUGGAAAUAGUGCAGAAUGCGAAGCCUGGAGAGAAUAGUAGAGACCCGGAUUGAGCUUCUCGAAUGGGAUUCAAAGGAAACUAAAGAAGACUGUGCUAAGUGUCGUGCUUUGGAUUGUGACAUUAUAUUCGCAUUGUUGUUCACCAUCGUAAUCGCUUGUCUGCUAGUUUUGAUUAUGGUGUUCUGGCUGAAAGGCGUUCUACAAUACGAAGAGUAAGUCAUAAUGAUGGUCCUCUCUCAUGGACCAAUUCACUCGGGAAAAUUUUUUCCGUAAAAACCUCGAUUUAAAACAGGAACAAAACAGUUUUUUUUUCUGAUUUGAAUCGAGUUUUUUCCCGCAUGAAUAGGCCCAUUAGAAACCUAAAGCUCAAAAAAUCUGUGAAAUCUGUCGUAUUCUGCAGUUCAAAGUGCACGAGGUUACGCAGAACCAGAACUGUUCGAAUCAGAACUAUUUUCAGUGCAAAUUGGUUUUCUCUCUCUGAUCCGGGACAGUUCGGAUUCGAACAGUUCUGAUCGGCGUAGCCUCAAGUGCACAGUUGAACGAAUGUUAUCGUACACCAGAAAACUACGGUAUUUUCUGAAAAUAUUUUAAAAUAUUUAAAUUUCUUGUGCAAGCUUGGGUAUAUUUUUUAAAGUACAGCAAAGUCCAACAGUUUUCACAGAUUUUAUAAAACUUUGGACACGUCAUAAGAAGUGAACACGUGAACUUUCUAACGAUUCUAAGAUUCAAACAAACAAGCGGCGAAGCCGCAGCGGGCCCAAGUUUUAAAAGUCUUGUGUAGUGAUUUUUUUUAACUGACAUAAGGGAGCACACGUUUCGAUACACGCGCGUACGGUCGAACAUGUAUUCAGAAAACUGGGGUUUGUCGCUUACAGAAUGCGAUCAGCACUUCGAUAGCUCGCAAUCGGAAGGAAUCAUAGAUUUUCCAAGCUUGCCGAAGAAACUGGCUUUAAGUCAUGGAAUUAACAAUACAAAACCAGAACAUCAGUAUAAUUUGCAAGUACGCGAUCGUUUUUAGAAAAAUAUUUCCUCGUCUUGAUUUGUUUAAAUUUAUCUGAAACGUUCUUACAGUGUGUAUACACGUUUGUUGCGGGACCGAGGCAGCGUGUGAUUCUCGAAUUCGACCAUUUUCUUCUGUCGGGUAGUUCAGAAAAGUAAAACCGAAGACAUGAUAGCUAUGUAAACCAAUAUUUUUCAGUUGUGAUAUCGAGUAUUUAGAUAUUUAUUCGGAAAUAGAGAAUGUGGAAGAUGAUAUUCUCUCAUCGGUUCUCGGCGGCCGGUACUGUGGUACUGUAGCUCCACACAUUCGAAUUAGCUUGCAUCGUGUUAUGAAACUUGUUCUCCACUCUCGAUCAUCAAAUCAUGAAGAAAAUCACGGAUUCAGGGCUAAAUACUCUUUUAUUUCAGAGGGUAAUAAAAACCAGUUUUAAAAAAAAGUAUUAUAGGGGCACCGGACAGAAAGGGGCCUGUUCGCAAUUUGGCCGAAUUUCUAGGCCGCGAAGCAAUUUUCCACUGAGAACGUGGCCUAACUUUUCAAACUCGGCCCCGAGGUCGCUCAAUUUGCACUGCAAAAAUAGUUUCUCAGCAGAGCGCCAUUUCUGCGCGGUGCCCCUAUAAUAUGAAUUUUGAUGCAAACAUUUUUCACGAAACGGAAAGCACUUAGAAAAAUGUGCUAAAAACCGCUAAAUUUAAAAUUUUCAUAGGGAAAAAAUUAUUGCUUGCCAUACAAGAAUGUCUUAAAAGAUGCAUGGGACAGAAUUCUCAACAACUUCUUUUAAAUGUCUUUGCCCUAAAAGCAGGGCUGGCCAAUGAAAAGCCCUCGCCGGGCUAGUUGCAAGCGCGCUCCACUGCAAAAAAGCCUUGGCCGGCUAAUGGUACGGUAAGCAAUUCGGUUCACGGAGCGGUGUUUGCACACAAAGCAUUUUAAAUAAAGAAAAAAACGUGUUUUCAAAAGGGUUUUCUUUUUUUUCCAAGUUUUUUCACUUCAUGAUCAAAUAUUUUCACAGAAAAAUGCUCAAUUCGAUGAAUUCGAUUCAUAACGUUGUUCCCAUACAUUUUUUUCUUUCGUUUCGUUCUCAUGCAUCUCGUUCUCAUUAAUUCUGUCGUUAUCUUUUAUUUUUCUCUUCACUUCUGCUAAUUUUCGAAAUUUGUCAGCUUUCAUUUCAUCGAAAUUUAACUCACUUACUUUCUUUUCACCUUUUUUCUACUUUCAAGCAUGUCUUCUUCUCAUUUUAAAAUAAUUUCUUCGAUUUGUUCUUUAUUUAAAAUGCUGUGUGUGCAAACACUGCUCAGUGAACCGAAUUGCUUACCGUACCAUUGGCCGGCCAAGGCUUUUUUGCAGUGGAGCGCGCUUGCAACUAGCCCGGCCAAAGCCUUGGCCGACCGCUGGCCAGCCAAGGCCGGCCAAUGUUUUGCCCAGCCCUGCCUAAAAGCUUUUAAUCAUAGUUUUUAUUUUUUCCAAAUUCUGAACGAAAAUAUAACCCAUUCUUUGCCAGACUAAACCAACGUGUAUUCUAGGAAAAUAUUUUUGUGUAGGCAUACAUGAGGGGGUGCAACUGGUAUCCCAAGAGUACAAUAUUGGCUCACAGUCUCGGGUUAUGGUAGUACGGUAGAUGCACAAAACCUCAAAACUCGAAUUUAAAAAAGUGAUGGAAGGCUGAAGGAUUUCUACCAAUGAAAACAUGCCUAGCGUACUUUUUUCUCACUAAAUUGCAAGUCUUGGAAAAAAAAAACUCACUAAAUUGCAAGUCUUGGAAAUGUUAUAACACGUAUGUUAUCUAAAAAUUGGGGAACAAUUGUUAGAGAGAAAUUAUUCCUGUUAGAGAGAAAUUAUUCCUGGAAAUGAAAGAUGUUUGUUUCAAAUUCUUUUCCAGAUCCAAUACCUUAACGGAAUUUAAAAUAAACAUUUCAGAGAAAUUCAUCUCUGGGAAACCAAUAGCGGGAGAGAAGUGUAGCUAUAUUAUCAACUCGGCUGUCCGGAAAACGGGAACUGUAUACUCUCCAACUUAUCCUGGAACUUAUCCACAUGUAGGAAGAAACAUUAAUGAUUAAUCUUAGUUCGUAAAAAUCCGUUCUUUAGAAUAUGCAUUGUUCUUACCUUCUCAAUGGCUUUGAUGGAGAACGAAUCCGUAUUUUUUUCACAGACUUUGAUAUUUUUUUCGGUGGAGAACAGUUAGCCGACCAUGUGAAAACAAUCUAUCUAUGGAAAAUUUCAGCUGCCCAUACGACAGUAUAACUGUUUUUGAUGGGCCAACUCCUUCAUCACCCAUAAUAAGAAAAGUGUGCGGUCUUCAGCAAAGAAUGGAAAUUUAUUCAAUGUCUAAUAGUCUACUCAUUCACUUUAACACUACGCAACCAUCCAAGUCCGACCCUAGAGGGCAAGUUAAUCUUUUUCCUAAUGAUUUAAUUUUCCUAUUUUUUAAGCUUUAUAAUGGACUACGAUUUUUCUUCAAGAUUCGUUAAUAUUGAAAAGAUGUUGAACGGACAACGAGGUGUAACUCAUAUACGAGGAACAGAAUGUGACGUGAGAGUGGAGAGCAACAGAGAAACCACUCAUUCAAUCUCAAGUCCGAAUGUACUAGGAAGCAUACGAAAAUUUCAAUUUGAAAAAAACGUGUUACAGUAUCCUGAAGUAUAUCCAGCCAACACUACUUGUACUUACAUUAUUCAUGGUCUACAGGGCGAACAAAAUCUGGAAAAGGUCAUCCUUACAUUCGUUUCAAUCGCAGUUCUAAGUUUUGAUACAACGUGAGAUAAAGUUGAAAAGUAAAAUUAAAAUUCGAUUGAAUAUCAGACCUGCUACAGCUCCUCCUUCAAUAGAUGAUAUUGCUUGUCCGAGUGCGUGGGUAGGGAUUGCUAUCUCUGAAGGCAAUAUGAAAGCAGUGAUGUCGUCAACUGAUGAUUCAAUCUUCGACGUUACUCUCUGCGAAAGGAUUGCUCCAAAUUCUUCAUUGUUGGGACCAUAUAUCAGUGAAGGUCCACGAAUGGUCAUGCAGUUCGGAAGUACAGACACGAGAGAUGAUCAGAUAUCUCCGAUCGGAUUCAAGGCCACCAUCGAGUUUAGGACUGAUUUUGGAGUGACAGGAGAUUCUCUUGGGACUUCAAACGAAUGCAAGUUUCGAUUCACUUCGUCAACAGGUUUUUUUAACAGUCCUAGAUAUCCGGCAAACGUAAGUUGUCCUGUUUUGUCCGUUUCCAAAAUACGAUUUGCAGUAUCCAUUGGAUACCAACUGCACGUACUAUAUAGUCGGUCAACCAGGAAAGGAAAUAUUGCUCCACUUUGAGCAGUUUGCUCUUAGCGGUAAUAAAGAGAACGGAUGUCAAGCUUGGCUGGAUGUAUACGAUGUCUUUCUAAAAAACGGAAAGGAAGAACUCAGACUAAAAGGUUCAUUUCAUGACUUAAUAGAUUAAGCAUUGUUUAGUGCAGAACGUUACUGCUCGGACACUUUCCCAGGACCAUCAGUGUCCGCAUUUGGGUCUCAUGAGAUGCGCGUUGUGUUCUCAUCUAAAUCAGUUGGUACAGCAAAUGGAUUCAAAGGUCUAUUUGAAAUUCGCACUGCUAGGAAGGAAGAUGUGCCGUUAGGAGGUUUAUCCACACCUUGUUCUCCGUGAUUCUUUUCUUUCUAGAAGCACACGUACGGCGCGGAGCUUUCAGAUGUGGUUCGGUCAUCAAUUCAACUGUUCAGAAACCAAAUGGAUUGAUCAUUUCACCAAACUAUCCUGUUAAGUACAACAAGGAUGUGCACUGUGACUGGCAGAUAAAUGUUCGAAGCGGUUAUCAAAUUUUGCUGAAAAUGGAGGCAAUCGAUGUUGAAGGAGAGAUGGCUUCUGAUAGUGCCAGCUGCCAAAAGGUUUAUUUUCAUUAGGUUUCUGAAAAAAUGUAUAUCCGGUCGAUGACAAUAGGAGCCAAUGAUGAUUGUGUCAAAGAUUAAGAUGAGAGUCAAUGACUGUCAGCAUGAGAGCCAAUGAAUUCUAGCUAAUGAUGAAUGAGCCAAUGAUUGAAAGUCCCAAGAAGUUGAUCCAUUGAAAUAUUUUUAUAGGCAGUGAUACGCAUCGAGGGUGCUCCACGCACAGAGUACUGUGGUACGAGGCGAGAGUUUUUCGAAUCCUAUCUUUCUCCCAGUAAUUCGGUUCGAAUAAGGUUGGUCUUAAUUCAAGAUUUUUUUAUACAUUCGCUACCGUUUCAAGUUUCUUGACUGCCCCGGACAAAGUGAAUGGUCUCAAGGGAUUCAAUCUAUCAUGGACAGAAGUAAUGGAUUUAAAUGGGAAAGACGAAAGUGUGUGCAAGUCAAAUUCCUUGUACUUGUGUACAUAUUCGAAACUGUGCAUUGAUUCUAAACUGCGCUGUAAUGGCCUCGACAAUUGUGGAUAUUCUGUUCAAGACGAUACUGAUGAGCAACACUGUCAGUGAAGUUUUGAGAUUCUGCUAAAGAAAAGAGUUGAUGAUAUUUCUGUUUAUCUGAGCUUAUUUGAAGUUGCUUUCAUUUAACUGUAGGCUGGUCAGCUUUACCCGAAAAAGUUCACCGAUUACCCCUACUCCUAACAGCUUGCUCUUCAAUAAAGACAGACAGGUUAUUGCUUUUGUUUGUUGCAGUGAGUUGCAUGAGCCAUUAAUGUAAGCUGAUAUACUUUUUUCGAAAUCAGAAGCAUUUUUUUACCUUCAGGCUCACUAAAAGAAAAAACUGGCGACCGGACUGUUGUUAUCGCAGCUGUUUUUUGUGGAUGCAUUUUUGUAUUCAUUUGCGGUUUCUUCCUUUAUCUUUUCAAAAAGAAACUGGAACGCAAAAAAAAAUCCAAACGGAAAAGUGAUGCUAAACAUCGGUAAGAUAUUUUACAUUACAUUAGUUCACUCCCAUAUGGCCAAUUCUCCAUGGGCCAACUAGGGGUCAGCGUGAAAAAUUUUCUCGAAUCUCCGACCACGUAAACGAAAAACAACUUAUUUAGGUAACUUUCCGAAUUUCUUCUAGAUCGUCGAAUUUCAGAGUGCGCAUGAGAGCCAGAUUCUCCAUUUAGGCCUUCGUUUUCGAGUGAUUCUCAAAAAAAUCGCGGGACUAGACUUAUCAAGAGUACAGAAAAAGAGAACAAGAGAACAGAAACUUAUUUGGGUCAGAGACCUACUUUUGCGACACUUGUUUUUGAACAAUAUAUUGUUAUAGCUAAUGGCUUAUCGGAUUUCAGAGUGCGCAUGAGAACGGGAUUUUUUGAUUUUUUUUUUGAUUUUUGAAAAAAUAGCUGGGUACUAGUAAAACAAGGCGGUGAUCGGGGCGAGACCGUGGACGUGGAGUUUUCUAGUCCCGUAGAAAAAAACGCAACCGUGGAAAACAUGGCCCUUUCGACUCCAGCUUUUAUUAAAUCGACGCACUUUGGUUUGGUGCGUAGAAUCCGAAUUAAGAAGGGAUUUCUGCUUGUCCCGUUUAAAAUAUCAAUGAAUACAAACAUCGUAGAAGUUUUCUAAAAACGCGUAUCAGCGUGGUCCACGCCCUCUUCCCAUAUUUUGGUCGCCAUGAGUCGUGAAGACAAUCGUAUUCGAAACAAGUUUCUUUGAAAAGAACUUUUGCAGCAAAAAUUUGGAUUGGCCCUACUGAAUAUGCCAAUUAUAGUUUUAUUUCAGCCAGAGGCAGCCAUAUCGUCAGCAAAAGCCGAUGCAUCGGCCACAUUGUGAAUCUCAGUACGUUUUCGAGUAGAUCUUUUGAUGUUAAUGGGGCUAUUCAGAGUAUGUUUGUUUUCCGUUUUUUUUACAUCGCUGAAUUGGAUUUUUUGACGUAAAAACACGAAAAAUACGGAAAACAAUCAUUUUUUUCACAGCCUGAAUAACCCCAUAAAAUCAAUGUAUGUUUUUUCACGUUUUUUACGUCAACAAACUCAGUUCGAUAUGUAAAAAGCGUUAUAAAACGGGGAAUAGGAAUCCACUGAAUCACCCCAAUAUGAUAAUCAGAGAUGUUUUUUUCUUAGGCUUUCGUCGCCUGCCACUAGUCGUUUCGUUCACCACGACGCUACUGGAAUAAUGCCACCUUUACCAUUACAUCAGAUUGGAACUGCAUCACGAGCAUAUUGCGACUAA